CUGAGCGCCGGGUGCGGGCCCCGCCGGCCGUGCGCGCCCGCUGCCAUGGCUUUCCGCCGGCGGACGAAAAGUUACCCGCUCUUCAGCCAGGAGUUCGUCAUCCACAACCAUGCGGACAUCGGCUUCUGCCUGGUGCUCUGCGUCCUUAUCGGGCUUAUGUUCGAGGUCACCGCCAAGACUGCCUUCCUAUUUAUCUUACCUCAGUACAAUGUUAGCAUGCCUACAGCAGACGGCGAGACGGUGCACUACCGCUACGGCCCGAAAGACCUGGUCACUGUCCUGUUCUACAUCUUCAUCGCCGUCAUCCUGCAUGCCGUGGUGCAGGAGUACAUACUAGACAAAAUCAGCAAACGGCUUCAUCUCUCCAAAGUCAAGCACAGCAAGUUCAACGAAUCUGGGCAGCUGGUCGUCUUUCAUCUCAGCUCGGUGAUCUGGUGCUUCUAUGUGGUGGUGACGGAAGGAUACUUAACAAACCCGAGGAGCCUCUGGGAAGACUACCCACAUGUGUAUCUCCCCUUCCAGGUGAAGUUCUUCUACCUGUGCCAGCUGGCUUACUGGCUGCACGCGCUUCCCGAGCUCUACUUCCAGAAGGUACGGAAGGAGGAGAUCCCGCGGCAGCUCCAGUACAUCUGCCUCUAUUUGGUCCACAUAGCAGGCGCAUACCUCUUAAACCUGAGCCGCCUGGGCCUCGUCCUGCUCCUGCUGCAGUACUCGACCGAGUUCCUCUUCCACACGGCCCGGCUCUGCCACUUCGCGGACGAGAACAACGAGAAGCUGUUCAACGCCUGGGCGGCCGUAUUUGGAGUCACCCGCCUCUUCAUCCUUACCCUUGCCGUGCUGGCCAUCGGCUUUGGCCUCGCUCGCGUGGAAAACCAGGCCUUUGACCCCGAGAAAGGGAACUUCAACACGUUACUCUGCAGGCUGUGCGUGCUGCUGCUGGUGUGUGCCGCCCAGGCCUGGCUCAUGUGGCGCUUCAUCCACUCGCAGCUGCGGCACUGGCGCGAGUAUUGGAGUGAGCAGAGCGCCAAGCGCAGGGUGCCCACUGCCCCCAGGCUGGCAGCCAGGCUCAUCAAGAGGGAGUCGGGUUACCACGAAAAUGGGGUGGUGAAAGCCGAGAAUGGAGCCUCCACACGGACUAAGAAACUGAAGUCUCCUUAAGGCCCAAGUGCUGAGAACAGGAAUCCUCUCGUGGGGGCCAGCAGGGAGCGCCCCCACCCGCCUUCCAGCUGCAGACGCCCCGCCUCAAACAGCACAAUCCCGUCUUCACACAGGGCCUUUUCCUCUUCCUCAUGUCUCAGCUGUCUCCUCUUCUUCCUCCAUGAACCGUUCUCAAUAAAACCAAAAAUCUCCCUCUCUCCCUUCCUCAGACCGCCUCACCUCCUCACCUCUGUCCUGGGUGGGGUUUGCUAGAAGCCCAGGCUCUCUCACGGUUCCUUUUCUGUUGGCCUCCUCUUUCUCUUCCUUCGUGGCUUGUUUCUCUUUCUACUCGUUAGUGUCCCUUAUCGUGCAGUUUCUCCAUGUCUGAUUUUUUACGAGAGGAGGCUAAGCCUGCAGUGCUGGCCAUCCGACACCCAGUCCCUGGCUUGAGUCGGCCACCCCGUGCCAUGGAGCCUCCGCCAGGCCGGCAGUGGCCCCUCGGUGAUCUCUGUGCGGAUGGGCAGCAGGAGGAGAGACCAACCCUCUUGGAUCAUCAUCUUCUAGGUGCUGAUGAACUGACGAGAUGUAUGAUUCUGGUUCUGCACAUGCCAUCUUGAGCACACCCCCUCCCCCAUCCCGGGGGCCCUUUCUAGUCCUAAGUGCCAAGGCAUUUGGCUUUGGGACGUGACGACGCGUUCCAGAAGGACGGUGGUGACUGAGUUGGGUCCCGUGGCUGGUCAUGCAUCGGCAGCCACCCCUGCUCUCUGUUGGGGCCCUGAUAGAGGAGGACGAGUCAUCCCACUCUACAGCAAGAGCAAAGUGACCGGCGUGGCGGGCGCCUCCAGAGAGGUAACGUAGCAGAAACGACGGCGUCGACCUGGCCUUCUGCGGCACGUCCAGCUGCACUGCUCUUCCUAUCAUUCACCAGCAACCAAACCAAACAGCAGUUAACAGACAGCCCGGCGGGGGACACACCGGUUCUAAACCCAGCAGCCCUGCCUGUUGGGGGCUGGCCUUGCCCCUGACUUCAUCUCUCUCGCUGCAGGAACACUAAGCUCCCCGGUGACCCCUGGUGCCCCAGCGAGGGUCACCUAGGCCCCUCACUCGCGAGCCUCACUUGCUGACUGUCCUAUGGAGUUGUUGUCGUUGUCUGCUGCUGUUUGCUGAGCACGCCCACAGCAUUUUAGACGGUAUAAGCCCAGGCUGACUCAGAAUCAAUCUGCUGGUUAGGAGGGCAGACCCAGCCUUGUUGAUGGGAGUCUUUUUGCACCUUCCCCCAACGUGGUCCCCCCCAACCCCCCAAAGACAAGGCUUCCAGGCCUCACAGUGCCUUGUGGGGACUCCAGCAGGGAGCGAGGCUCUCAGGAGCCCUGAGUGCCGUGUGGAGCUGGUGGGAGCAGGCAUGUUAGUGCCAUGUGAGGGGCUGCUCUUCUUCCUGACAUCAGAAAGUAAACCUUGAGUUAUUACCCAGCACGGGGGAGAUGAGUCUCUUCAUCAAGGCAGCUUCCUUCUCCAGGUCACUUGCCCCAGAGAGAUUUAACCUCCCAGUGCCUUGGAUUUGCUUCCUGACAGCCUGGUAGACCGUUGCCUCUCUGCUCAGGAUGAGGCCCUGGAGCGGGGAAGGGGUUCUCUUGAUUAUCAUUAGGAGAGGGACAAUGCUCGUGAAAACGUGAAUUUCUCCCAUCUUCUCCUUCCCUGACACUUAUCUGGGCUGCAAGGGAGAAUGUUGGUGAAAGGAUGGCUUGUACCAACUGAGCGGACCCAGUCUAGAAUGCCCUCAGCUGUUCAAAUAGUCCCCCUCCCCGCUCGCAGCUGUAGCCAAGUUUCUGCUCUUGCUUGCCCGGGGAUGCUGUGUAUGUAGCCCAGGUCAGCCUGCGGCCUCCUCAGCCCCUGCUGGCCUCACGCCCGGCCCAGUCCUCUCUAGGUGUCCUUGGCACGGCUCCCCGGAGGCCACCCCCCAUGCUGGGGAGCCCUGCAGCCUCCUGCCUUCUCCCUGAGCCAGGGAGGAGGGAGCCGCAGCUGAGGCCCUGCCCAGAGCCGCGUCCCUUCUCGGGUACCAAGGUGAUCACAGACAGAACACAGGUGUUUGGCGUGCCCUUGGUCUCCACGAUACCGUGUGCCUCACGGUGGUACCACCAGCCCGGGGCCGGGCCAGCUCUCCCUGUGUCCUAAACGAUGGGGUCGGUUCCCCGGUGAGAGUUGGGGAAAUCUUCCCCGCCACGUGAAGCCCCCAAGAACAUUACGGGAGGCUAGUGUCCCACCCGCCAGCUUCAGAGUGAUUUGAGGGGAGGCUGAGAG